GCCAUUUUCCUGGAAAAUAUUCGAAGCUAUAAAUGCAAGAACUUCUCCUUCUCCCACUCCCAUUUCCCCAAGAUUUCCCCCCUUCUCUCCACUCUCCAGCACCUUUUUCACUGCCCAAUACUCCCAUUUUCGGCUUAUUUCUCGAUUGUGAACAUUUUCUGUUCUAUUUGACGGCUCUGAGUUGCUUUUGAAUCUAGAUUUUUUAAGCGGUUUUAAUUAGAUCUUCUUCUUUGUUAGAUAUUUGAGAAUUUUGAGCUUCGUGGAGAAGUUUCGUUGUUCUUUUUGAGUUCCAGAAUCUUGGUGUUAGUUUCAAGGGGAUUAAAGAAAAAUCUUCUAUUAUCAGGUUGAAACUCCGCCAACAAUUGCAUAAAGAAGAAGGAUGUGGUUAUCCUGCAUUUUGAUACUAUGAAGACCACACAGGGCUCUAAAGAAUCAGCUCAAGCUUCUCGUGAUUCAACAAAUGAGAAAGCAAAUGAGAAAGAAAAUGUCAAAUUAAAUACAACUGAGGCACCUAUUACAGACUCAAGUUCUGUAUCUGCAACGAGCAAUGACAGCAAGAGAGUCUCACCUCAAGAUAUUGAAUUUGUCCAGAAUUUAAUUGAGCGGUGCUUACAAUUAUACAUGAAUAGAGACGAGGCAGUUAAAACGCUCCUUACUCGUGCAAGAAUAGAUCCUGGAUUUACAAGUCUCGUAUGGCAGAAAUUGGAAGAAGAAAAUGCCGACUUUUUCCGAGCAUAUUAUAUAAGGUUGAAAUUGAAAAAACAAAUCCUCUUAUUCAACCAUUUGCUUGAGCAUCAAUAUCACCUCAUGAAGUAUCCUAUGCCUCCCAAGGUUUCAUUGGCACCUAUACAGAAUGGGAUUCACCCUAUGCCUGUUAAUAAUAAUAACUUACCUAUGGGGUAUCCAGUCCUUCAGCAAUCUAUGGCUCCAGUCCCAGGUCAACCCCUUGUUGAUACUAUGAGUAAUGGAAUAUCAAGUUGUCAUAUAGUCAAUGGAGUCCCUGCACCAAGUAACUAUCAUCCUAUUCGGAUGAAUUCUGGAAACGAAGCAUUGUCAUCAAUGUCAGAGAUUCCUGUGAGUCCUACAUCUGUGGCAUCCAGUGGUCAUUUCCCAUUCUCAGCAUCAGAAAUCUCCGGAAUUGGAGCAGAGACUUCAAAUCUUGAAACUGUCUUCACAUCGGACGUUGCAAAUUCUGUAGGUUUGCAACUUCCACCGGAUGGUACAGAUGGAAAUUCUCGGGAUCCUUUCCGAUCAUUGGAUCAAAUUCAAUGGAACUUCAGUCUGUCAGAUCUUACAGCAGAUUUGUCGAAUUUGGGAGAUUUAGGAGCUUUGGGAAAUUAUCCUGGUUCUCCAUUUCUGCCUUCUGAUUCGGAUAUUUUGCUCAAUUCUCCAGAAAAUGAGGAUUUAGUUGAGGAGUUUUUCGUUGAUUCUGUGCCUGAGCAACCAUGCUCGCAAUCGGAUGAGGAGAAAACUUAGAUGUAAGGUUAGGCAGUCAAUGUUUCCUUUCACUUUGAUUAGUUUGGGUACGAUCAAAAAUGAUCAAUAACUAAUAAGCCUUUGCUAGAAAUUUUGUGGGCUGUUGCCUUCAGAUUGGAACAUCUUGAAAUCAAAUGCGGUUAGGUUGUAUGCUUUUUAUAUGAUUUCUGAGUAGAAAAGUAAAGAUGCCAAGGGAGGAAUUUCUGUUCAUUGUUCUUUUACAAACCUCUUUAACUGUUUGAAGGCUAUGAUUUGGUUUCA